GAUGUGCAAUCUAAUCUGUACGAGUGAGUGUUAAUGCCAGAGUUCCUUGGAGGUCGUCAUUAGCGGAGGUAAAUAAUGUACAGUACCUGAUAGCCGAACAAAAGAAGCGUGAAACUGCCACCUUAGCAGAAAGUGAAAUCCCUCUCCGGCGUGUGCAAGCGCAGCCCUCCCGAGGGAGACGCCAGCAGCGACAGACAUCAUCAGCUUGGAUUCGAGUCUCGCGCUGCACACCUGGCCAUCAUGUCCAUCUUCCCGCUCUCACGUCCACGCAAACAGCGUAAGAAGAAAGUGCACCCAGGAUUAUUUCAGGCUGGAGAUCCGCAUACUACUGACAGCACAACGCCUUCAGAAUUCUGUAGCUGUGUUUUGCAUCAGGCAUUUGAACAUACAGACAUUUCAAAAGCAAAGGGUUCAAGUCAGAUAUUUGGAAAACAGGAAGACGCACUAUUAACAAUCAACAAAGAGGCACUCAAGGAAAGAAUCCAGCCUGUUAAUCUUCUGCAAGACAAGUCUUUUCUUCCUGAAGACCCCAUCUUACUCACAGAAGUAAAGGAAAUGAGCUGUGAAACUGAAGUCCUUCGGUGUACGUUGACAAGAGUCCCAGACACAGAAGAACUUCUGAAAAAAAUAAAGAUUCCUUUGGGGUUUAUAUUUUAUCCAUUUCAAAAUUCAACGUCUACUCUGGUUACUGAUCAGACACUGCCACAGUGUCUUGCCUGCCAUACCUACAUUAAUCCAUGGGUCACUUUUGCAGACCAUCACUCCUGGAAGUGUAGCAGCUGCAUGAAACUAAACAUGAGUGCACCAGAGCUGCUCCAUACUUUUCAAGGCAGCAUCCAGGACUCCUCAACACUAACUGGGAUGAAGCAUGUGGCUGUAGACUUUCCUGCACAUCCUGACUCUGUGGAUAAAACUCCACAGACAAUAAAAUACCUGUUUGUAUUUGAUGUCAGCCAAAAUGCUAUCCGCACAGGCUACCUGAAGAUUAUUUGCCCCAUUUUACUUGAAACUUUGAAUAUUUUAUCAGAAAAUUCACAGGCACAAAUUGGAUUUAUUACCUUUGACAGUACUGUUCAUUUCUAUGAUCUUGAAUCAAGUCAUUUUCGCCCUUUGAAUUUAGCAAAGACAGACACCAAAGCCUGUGGAGAAGAAAAGUUAUUGGUGAAUCUGCUUGAAUAUAAAGCGAUUGUAGGUCAAUUCUUGGAAGAACUUCCCAUAUUCUUUGAGGAUACUACAGACACCCUCUGUGCUUUGGGUCCUGCAUUACUGGCAGCUCAGAAGCUACUUUCACCCACUGGAGGGCGCCUUUCUGUGUUUUUGUCCCAGCGGCCGAAUACUGGAUGUGGUGCUUUACACAUGCCAGGCAGAAGCUGCUGCAAAACUGCUGCCUCGGGCCUUCAGAGACCCUGUGUUACUUCAGAUUUCUACAAAGAUCUAGCCCUUGAAUGCUGCUUACAACAGAUAACUGUAGAUCUUUUCUUACUCAGUCGUCAAUUCUCAAACUUGAACUCUUUGUACUUUCUUUCUAGGUUCACAAAUGGCUCUCUGUACUAUUACCCAGCUUUUCACUCAGUUCGUAGUCAAGAGCUGUGUGAGAAGAUUCAGAAGGAGUUUCAUCUUUACUUAAGUCGCUCUGUUGGUGCUGAGGCUGUGCUUAGAGUAUCCUGCACAAAAGGGCUUAUUAUAGAAAACUGUCUUGGCAACUGUGUCCAGCAAUCUCCGGGUGUCUUCUGCUUGCCUACUGUUACUCCAGACACUCAGUUUGCCCUGCAGAUGUCAAUCAGCAAAUGUCUGUUGACCAGCUCCUCUCUCGUCUUCCAGUCAUGUUUGCUCUAUACAUCUUGCAAAGGGGAGCGACGUGUGAGAGUACUGACUUGGUGUUUGCCCACAGCGAAAACUCCGAGUGAGGUUUAUGCCGGGGCAGAGGUGGAGGCAAUCGUGGGAAUUCUUUGUUACACUGCAGUUGAUAUGUCUGUUAAACACAGCAUGGCAAAUGCAAAGGAAAACUUGGUGAACACUGUGACUGGCAUUCUGUCUGCCUACAGACUGGCAACUUCAAACCAGCAUGCCAACUCUCUACUAAUUCCCCGAGGGUUACAGCAUUUGCCACUGUAUACACUUUCACUCCUGAAACAGCUAUUUUAUCAUACAGAACCUGACCAAAGUUGUGACGAGCGAAUGUUUAUAAUGUACAGCCUAAAGACACUGCCAUUAAGUUCUGCUCUGAAAGUGCUGAAGCCCGACCUCUACCGCAUCGACCCAUUCUUAAGUGAGGACUUUGUGUCACCAGCUGAGAACCAGUUACCAUUCGUGCGGCUUCAUCUGUCAGCAACAAGUUUUUGUGAACAAGGUGUCUUUUUCAUGAACUGUGGCAGUGUUUUCUACAUUUGGGUUGGACGACUUAGCAAACUCAGCUUUCUGAAGAAUACUUCAGGAGCCUCUAAUGUUGCAUCUUUUCCUCUUAGUAAGCACUCAGAGGUGAAUAGUGUGGCUUCUAAAGUACUUUUCAAGUUUGUGGAAUCUCUUCGCACUGGGAAAUCUGUGUUUCCAGUCUGCUACAUCAUAAGGAGUGACCGUUCAAGCAGUUCUGCCUUUGAUCAUCAUCUUGUGGAAGACCGGAGUGAAUCCUCCCUCUCUUAUGUUGAAUGGCUACAGCUACUGUACCAAAAAGUCUAUAAAUAAAUCUGUCUUCACAGCAAAUGUAACAGAAGGUGUCAUACAGAAUACUGGCUGUCAACUGUUUUGUCUGGAAAAGUAAUUUUGAAACAUUAUCUAUUCCUAACUCUUAUUUACUGUUGGUGUGUAUUUGUAUUGUGUUAUUAUUGGCUACACUUUAGUUUAGGUACUACAUCUAUUUGUCAUUUACUCUUAUGUAACAAGACCUUAACAAACACUUCUUU